AUGGCGGCCGCCAGGCCGGCCGUCACGCCGCCCGUCACGCCGCUGGGGCCACGGAGCCGGGGCUCCACGGCCGCCACGGCGCCAAGCCCCACGCGCCUCUCCCGGCUGCAGGAGAAAGAGGAGUUGCGGCAGCUGAACGACCGCCUGGCCGUCUACAUCGAUAAGGUGCGGAGCCUGGAGACGGAGAACAGCGCCCUGCAGCUGCAGUUCACGGAGCGGGAGGAGGUGCGCGGCCGCGAGGUCACCGGCCUGAAGGCGGUCUACGAGGCCGAGCUGGCCGACGCCCGCCGGGCGCUGGACGAUACAGCGCGGGAGCGGGCCAAGCUGCAGAUCGAGCUGGGCAAGAUCCGCGCCGAACACGAGCAGCUGCUGGACAGCUAUGCAAAAAAGGAAUCUGAUCUUAAUGGAGCCCAAGUCAAACUUCGAGAGUUUGAAGCAGCCCUGAAUUCUAAAGAAGCUGCGCUGGCGACAGCCCUUGGUGAUAAGAAAAGUCUGGAGGGAGAAAUUGAGGAUUUAAAAGAUCAAAUUUUACAGCUUGAAGUUUCUUUAGCUGCUGCCAAGGAACAGCUUGCAAAUGAAACAUUACUGAAGGUGAAUCUUGAAAACCGUUGUCAGAGUCUCACUGAGGACUUGGAAUUCCGUAAAAAUAUGUAUGAGGAGGAAAUCAAUGAAACAAGAAGGAAACAUGAAACUCGCUUAGUUGAGGUUGAUUCUGGGCGUCAGAUUGAAUAUGAACAUAAAUUGGCCCAAGCCCUUUGUGAAAUAAGAGAGCAGCAUGAUGCACAAGUGAAGCUGUACAAAGAAGAGCUUGAACAGACUUACCAUACCAAACUUGAGAAUGCUAGACUGUCCUCUGAGGUGAGCAAUUCUGCAGCCAACUCAGUAAGAGAAGAACUGAAUGAAAGUCGCAUACGAAUUGAUAAUCUGUCUUCCCAUCUCGCCAUCCUUCAGAAAGAGUCCAGAGCAUGGCAAGAUAAAGUGCAAGAGCUUGAGGACAGCUUGGCCAAGGAACGGGAAAACUGUCGCAAAAUACUGUCCGAGAAAGAGAAGGAAGUGGCAGAGAUGAGAAGUCGGAUGCAGGAGCAGCUGAGUGACUAUGAACAACUUCUGGAUGUUAAACUGGCACUUGAUAUGGAAAUCAAUGCAUACCGGAAAUUGCUGGAGGGUGAAGAGGAGAGGAUGAAACUUUCUUCAAGUCCAUCUUCCCGAGUGACAGUUUCACGGGCUUCAUCGAGCCAUAGUGUGCGUACAACCAGAGGGAAGAGGAAGAGGAUUGAUGUGGAGGAAUCUGAAGCCAGCAGUAGUGUUAGCAUUUCCCACUCAGCUUCUGCCACUGGAAAUGUCUCUAUUGAGGAGAUAGACGUUGACGGAAAAUUCAUCCGCUUGAAGAACACCUCUGAACAGGAUCAACCUAUGGGAGGUUGGGAGAUGAUCCGAAAAAUCGGAGACACUUCUGCUAGUUACAGAUAUACCUCAAGAUAUAUACUAAAGGCAGGCCAAACUGUUACAAUCUGGGCUGCAAAUGCUGGAGUAACUGCUAGCCCUCCCACUGACCUCAUCUGGAAGAACCAGCAUUCUUGGGGCACUGGUGAAGAUGUGAAAGUUGUACUGAAAAAUUCUCAGGGAGAGGAGGUGGCUCAGAGAAGCACUGUCUUUAAAACAACAAUACGUGAAGGGGAAGAGGAGGAAGUUGAGGAAGAAGCAGCUGAAGUUCUGGAGGGAGAAGACCUUUACCACCAGCAGGCAGACCCCAAGACAUCUACGAGAAGCUGUGUGGUGAUGUAAACGUUGAGUCAGCCAAGUUCCUCAAAUAAUGGUAAUCCUUGCCUACAGUACAGAGUCUUCUCAGAAGCACAACAUAUUUUUGUAUUUUCUGUAUGUGAGUUUUUAAGCUGCAAGUCUGAUUGAUGGCCUUAAUUUCCUUUGCCACUGAAAAGGAAGUUUUGUAAAAGAAGUUACGUGUAACUUUCUCGCAGAAUGCGAAUUGUUGACUCUGAACAAUGUACUGUUUGAAAAAUGAUGUCCCUGUCCCCCAGGUUUGUAUGCCAGUCUUGUCUUUUUUUUUAAUUGAAGCCUUGCUGGAAUAGAAAUAUUCCACUGUGUUUUGGGGAUCGAUUUUCUUAGAUUACACCACUUUAGACUAGCCAGUUGCUGUUGACCUCUUUAUAUUUAGGUGCUGUUGGGAAAAGGGAAGGCAUUUUCGAUACUAUGAACUCUUUUAUACUGGAGACUUUUUUUCCUAUGGCGCAAUCAAGGCUAUAAAACUUUUUUUUUAUAGAAAAGAACAGCUUUGUUUGGAAAAAAAAAAAAAAAAACCAAAAAAAAAAACAAACCAGCAAAAAAACCCAGAAAACAGCAAAACCAAAUCAAAACAAAAAAAACACCCACAAAAACCGUAGCCCAGCUGAUCAUGUAAGCACUCAGAGGAUGAAGGAUGCAGUAAAACUCCUUAUUGGUACUCUUUUCCUUUAUUUAGAUUUCUUACUCUGGAGGAGGAUUCAUGUUGAACAUGUUAGUUGUGUUGUUAAGAUAGUGUAACCAGCUUAAAUUUUCUUAUGUGACUUUUUUUAACAAUAGACCGCUGUUUUAAUGUGGGUUGUCUUGCUUGUUUACAAUUUGUAGGAACAAAACUAAGUCUUUUAGGGGUCUAGUCUACAUUUUUAUGGAAAACAAUUGUAAUUUUGUCAAUGUUGAAAGUUUUUCUGUCCUCUCUGCAUUGAUCUAAUGUCUG